CUAUUAAAUUGCAACGGUCGAAUUGUACAGCUAUUCAAUUACGAGUCCUAUAUUACGAGCAUCUCUAAAUUUUAUUUCCUCUAAUUUGCUAAAUCGAGGGUUUGAUCGAAUUGGAAGCUUCUAAGUCUUGUGAAGUGAAAGGCAGGACUCAGAGUCCACAUGUCUGGAAAAAGGACAGGAGAGACACUGAACAUUAUCAGGGAGUUUGCCAAAACUCCUAAGCGAUCUCUGGGCACGCCUCGGCGAGUUCCGGUGGAUUCCAAUGGCAACGAAAUUGCGAAGACGCCCAGAAGAAUUCCAAGAACGUCUAUAUCAAAAUCUUUACCACAGCGCUCGGUUAGUUUGGGUUGCAACACACCAUCCAAAACAGUUCUUGUGCCUCCUUCACAUUUGGGUGAUUGCUCCAAGGUUUCUGCAUUUCUCUUGCCUUGCCAACUUCAAGUUUCACCUAAUCAAGCAAGGAGUCAUUUAAUUUCUUCCAAGCUGAAUGAGCAUCAUCAUUCCUCCGGAGCAUGCACACCUAGAGAAUUGAAGGCCCCAAAUAUUUCAUCUGACGAGGUAGAAAAUUCACUUGUGCUUCUGAACUCUGAAAUAGUAAGUGAAAAGGAAAAUAUAUUUGUCAUCAACGAUGAGUUUGCUGGCAAAGAAGACACUCCUUUCAAGGGAAAAAUGUUUGCUGAGGGAAACACUAGUGGAAGAAAAGAGAGAAUUUUGUCUCUGUUGUCCAGGUUCCAGAAAAGAGAGAAUUUCGUAAGGUCUCCAGCAUUGAGAGUUGACGUAAAAGAUUCAGUGGAUGGUUGUGGGAGGAAAAGAAAUUUUUUUGUGUCAAAGAGCAGUACUGAAUCUAAUAAUAAUCAAUUUCAGCAGUGUGAGAGAACUGACGGCAAUGUAGGGAAGAAAAUUGAUGCACCUAAGAGCAGUACUAAAUCCCACAUCAACAAAUCAGAUGCGGCAAAGAGCAGUCAAUCCCACAUCAACAAAUUGCAUGAGUCUAAGAGGAGUCCUGCACAAAAGAAAUUAGACGUUUAAUCAACCAAGGCCAUUGCUGGAAUUUCUUAUUGGAUCACUUGAUAAAUGUCCAGCGAUAGAUGGAGCAAGGCAAUUGCGUGUAUUUUCUUCAGAUCACUGGAUAAAUGCCCAAGAGAUAAAUGGACGAAGGCACUUACCGUAAUAUUUCUUUGGAUCACUGGAUAAAUAAUUGCCAUUUGGGUUUCUGCCUUUGAUGUUUCAUGAGCUAGAUAAUUAGAGAUUAUAAUUCUGUAGCAAUUAGGAAUAAUGAUUGCAAUUGCCAUAAAUUUGGCGGCAAAAUACUUUUGAUGUCCAAGAGAAAUGGCCUCCUGGUCAAGGGAAUGGAAAAUCCCUAAAUUUGGGUUCCAUUCCCAAGCGGGAAAAUUACCUGUAAUGAAAGUUUUUGCUAUAAAUCUUAAUAGAAAUGGUAAGAUU